AUGCCAUUGGGUUGGUGUGGCUCUUGUUGGGCUUUUAGCACAGUUGGGUCAGUCGAAGGCCAGCAUUUCAAGAAAACCGGACAACUAAUUUCUCUGAGUGAGCAGAACCUGGUUGACUGCUCCACAAUUCAGACGUAUGAUCAGGGCAACCACCUAUGUCGCCUGUAUGAAGGACCGGCCCUGCGUAUGGGUGUAGAGAGGAGGAUUGAUGGGGGUGCGAUGCCGUCCAUUGCUCAAAAGGGCAUUCAUGCAGCUGCAAAUUAUCGAUACAUUGCUAGGGCUAUCUAUGAGGAGCCAUCCUGCAGUACCAUAUAUCUAAACCAUGCGGAGGUUUUGGUGGGCUAUGGGUUUGAGAGAGGAGUUCAUUACUGGAUCAUAAAGAACAGCUGGGGCACUGCCUGGGGAGAGAAUGGCUACAUGAGAAUGAGAAGAGAUGGGAGGAACACCUGUGGCAUCGCCAGCUAUGCCAUGUAUCCACUUAUGUGAACCCAAUUUGCAGUGAUUCAGUGACUCUCAACAACACACCAUAACAGUGUUUUGUGCAUGAAUAAGCAUGUCAAUAAAGUUUUCCUGAAAUGUUGAGAACAAUUCUUUGCUUUCUGUGCCAAUGACCAAAGAAAUCAUUGCCAGCAGCCAUGAAUGGCUCUACCCUGUACAUUUGUUUUGCUCUACUAGUAUUGCGCGGCU